UAAAAUACGACGAAGCUGAAUCUUACAUGGAGUGACAGUGCAUAAAUCCUGUCGAUAGAGUGCUAGCUAUCUUAAUCACAGCGAGAUAGUGUUGCCUCUCAUCUCAGAUACACUGUCCGCAAGAACAUGUAGAGUUCACGGAUCGCUGUCAAAGAUGCAGUACACAACCUUACUCAUAGUGACCUUGACGUCCUCGUGCCUGUCCAUAGUCUCAGGUGCCAGGAUUAUCGCCAUGUUUCCGUACAUUGGGAAGAGCCACUUUGACGUUUUCGAACCAUUUGUUAAGGAACUCGCUGCCAGGGGUCACCAAGUUGUGGUACUCAGUCACUUCCCACAGAAGCAGCCCAUAACUAAUUACACCGACAUAAGUCUUGUGGGCUCCAUUACCACCGAAGCAAGAGACAGGAUUGACCUAGGUAGAAUAUCAGGCACAGAGAUUUUGAAGACCGCAGUGAAAGAAAUUAGAGGAAUUUUUGAAUCUUGUGACCGAAUGUUAUCCUUUCAAAAGGUUCAGGAUUUGUUUCAGUCUCAAGAAACAUUUGAUCUCAUAAUAACUGAAACGUUUCUUGCGGAUUGCUUCCUGCCUUUGGUACACAAAUUCAAGGCGCCUCAUGUAGCAAUAAGUUCAAGUAUAAUGUUCCCAUGGUCAAAUGACCGUAUGGGGAACCCCGACAACCCGUCAUAUAUCCCCACUCAAGGAACAUAUUUUUCUGACAAAAUGAGUUUUAUUCAAAGGCUCAUAAAUGUGAUUGCGAAUACCGCACUCAAAUUUAUAUUCAGUGCUACUGAAAGCACAGUGAUCGCAGGCUACGUUCGGAAACACUUUGGCGACGACGUGCCGUCACCGUCAGAUAUCGCAAGGAACACGAGUCUGCUUCUCGUCAACACGCACUUCAGCCUCAACGGACCGCGGCCACUUGUUCCCGGGAUCGUAGAAGUCGGUGGACUUCACAUCAGGCCUCCCAAGAAGCUUCCGAAGGACUUGGAAGACUACCUUAAUGGAGCUGAACAUGGGGUUAUCUACUUCAGCAUGGGUUCCAUGAUCCGAGCAGAGACCCUUCCUGAGGAUAAGAGGGACGCAUUUCUGCAGGCGUUUUCAGAGCUACCACAGCGAGUCCUCUGGAAGUGGGAGGGAGACACGCUUCCAGGACAACCCAAGAACGUCAAGAUCGCAAAAUGGCUGCCACAGUUUGACAUUCUGAACCAUCCCAACGUGCGAGUGUUCGUGGGUCAUGGCGGUCUGCUGGGGUCGAUUGAAGCUGUGUACGCAGGUGUACCCAUGGUCGGUAUCCCCAUGUUUGGAGAUCAGCCCACGAACAUAAGAGCUAUCGUAAACUGCAAGAUGGGGGUGAAAAUAGAUUACAAUGAAAUCAGCAAAGAGAGUGUCCUAAAGGCUCUCCGAACUUUGUUGGAUCAACCCAGUUACAGGGAGAACGCAAAGCGGAUGUCUAAAAUCUACCUAGACAGACCGAUGUCCGCGAUGAAUACUGCCAUCUUCUGGACAGAGUACAUAAUCAGGCACAGAGGAGCACCACAUUUACGACCAGCAAUAUUAGACCUUGCCUGGUACCAGUAUCUGCUGCUUGAUAUUCUGGCAGCAUUCUUAGUUUCCAUUAUCACAAUCGUCUUCCUCAUUUACGUCAUAACAAAAAAACUCGCUAAAAUGUUCACGCUACAUCACAGAAAGAAGUCAAAACAGAGCUGAAAAAUGUACGUACCCCUGUGUAGAUAAUAUUACGUACAAAUUCCAUGGCUAGAUAAUAUUCACCAGACUCGAGGCGAGGCGUCCAAAACUAUAAAAUUGUGGGCUUUAAUUUUUACUCAGAGACCAAAUGGAACUUUUUAAAAGCGAUAGUAGGCCGAAGAACGUAGCUCAAAACUAGUUCAUGUUUUGUGGACCGUAUUUUUACAUCCUUACCUCAGAGACUUGUAUACAUACCGUUCACGCAAAUAAACACUGAAUUAUGAAUUUUGUAAACUUGUAUGUAGCAGGCACAAACAGAAUUCAAUUAAAUUUAUAUCAAGUUGUAUUCAUAGAUUCAAAAUAUGUUUGAAUAUAUAUUAUUUUCAACUUGUUUUUAUGAACAUUCCUCUUCAAUUAAAUCUUCAUACACCAAAUCCUUCAGUUCUUAUCGACUAAUUUCAUGAGAUGCCUGUCGAAUUACGUACAGCAUGUCACAACGCCUGUGCUAUCAAAAGACAAUAUAAAGAGAGGAAAUAUUUCCACAUUUCAAGAACAAUAGGAAUUUUAGAUUACUCGUCAUCUUAAUUUCGCGGUCGGUUUCAGUUCAGUUUAUUAAAUAACAGGUCAUUUUCAUUUAUAAAAUACUAACAACUAAAAUACGAUUGGAGUAGGCAUUUCAUUUGUUGAUAUCGAUCAAAUUUGAUGCGGUCAAUCUUUGGUACAUGUCUUGUAUGAAAAUUAUAAAAGAACGUAAAUAUGAAUAAAUGCGGACUUUCUGAACCAUGGAUACAUGUACCAUAAAACGUCAUAAGGUAUUAUGCGACACUGUCAGAUUUUUAAUGGUUUGAUUGAAAUAAACUAAUCUCUAUCUGAAUGUCCUGUCGUUUUAUAACACACGAUUACAUGUAGUUUGAGAUCAAAAAUUACGUCGCCUGUAAAAUGUUCUGGAAUAAUAAAUAUUAUUAUUGUUGUUA